CCCUCCAUCCUCCUCCUCCUACUCAUCACCCUCUCUCUCUCCUCCCUCCACCACCCCUCUCGGCUUUCCCCUGCAAACCCCCCUCCCGACCGCACCUGCCAGUCACUGGCCGGUUACAUCCCCCCAAACGCCACCACCCUUUCCUCCCUCCAAUCCCUCUUUCAACUCACCUCCCUCCCCUCCCUCCUCGGCGCCAACAACCUCCCUCUCGCCACCCCCUCCUCCUUCCCGUCGCCGCCAACCUCCACCAUCCUCAUCCCCUUCCCCUGCUCCUGAUCCAACGGCACCGGCAUCUACGAUCGCACCCCCUUUUACAUCGUCAAGCCCACCGACACCGCCGGCCUCGACGCCAUCGCCCGAUACACCUUCGACCAGUUUGUUAGUUAUGAAGAUAUUUCCAAGGUGAAUGGGUUGAAGGAUGCGGAUGUGAUUAACGCAGGGCAGAGGCUCUGGAUACCGCUUCCCUGCAGCUGCGACGAUGUUGACGGGAAGGAGGUGGUGCAUCUGGGGCAUGUUGUCAAGAAAGGGAGUUCGGUUGGGGAGAUUGCGGGCGAGUUUGGGACGACGGAGGAGGUGAUUUUGAGGUUGAAUGGGAUCGCUGAUCCUAAAUUUCAGACUGAUAAUAAUUCUAAAACAACAUUUGAUGGCACAGCUUGCUCUUCAUCGAUUAAAAGUACAUCCCUGGACCAAAACCUGCGCCUCUCCAACGGCACCUACGCUGUCACAGCAGAGAACUGCAUGCAAUGCAGUUGUAGCAGCUCUUCUAAUUAUCAGCUUUCUUGCAAACCUACGCCAGGCCUGAGCAAGUCCCAGUGCCCUGUAUCAAAGUGCUCCAACGGUCUAUCCAUCGGCAAUUCGACUGCUGCUGACGGUUGUGAUACCAUGACCUGUGAAUAUCAGGGCUACACUAAUUCUACUGGAUUGAAGAUUCUCAGUGGCCUCGUGAAGCAUUCAACCUGCAGCAAUGGACCAGCGCCUCAGCCUGCUGCCAACUCACCACCGAGCGGUAGUUCUGCAGGAAGGUUGAGAAUGCAAGAGUAUCGUGUUGAGCUUCUUUUCUUGCUUCAGAUUGCUUUCCUUUGGUUCGGCUUUUUGGCAUAGAGCUCAUGAAUGGAUGUUUCCUCUAGUCAGUUUUGAAACCUAGGAUUUCCAUGUAUUCUUUGUGCAUUUGUAUGAGGCAUAUAUUGUCUUUUGAUAGAUGUAAUGGCUUUGUGAAUUUGCUCUAAUAAAAUUGUUGUCUACCAAUUAUACGUAAAGUUCAUGGGACUAAUGGAGAAUAUUCAUGGGAUUGAGGAAUA